AGAGAUCAAAUGGCUGCUGCUUCUUCUUCUUCUCCUUCGUCUCAUCAUCCUGGCUCCUCCUCCUACUCAGGGAGAUGGGAAUAUGAAGUCUUCUUGUGUUUCAGAGGUGCCAACACCCGCACUGGUUUUACCGGCCACCUCAUGGCUGCUCUACGCGACAGACAAAUCAAAGCCUUCAUCGACGACAUGCUAGAUAAAACUGAGAGUAUCGACGAGCUGAUCUCCGCCCUCAAAAGAUCCGCACUCUCAGUUGUGAUUUUCUCGGAGAAUUUUGCGGACUCCAGCUGGUGCUUGGAUGAAGUGGCCACCAUUUCUCGAAGCAUGGAAGAGUUCGGACACCGGGUGCUUCCGGUGUUCUACAAAGUUGAUCCAUCGGAUGUAUCCGAGGCUUCUGGAAGUUACGCUGCUGCCAUUGAGCAGCAUCAUGGAUCUAGCGAAUCUCCAGAAGAUAGGAAGAGAUGGAUGGAUGCUUUGAAAGCCAUAGCUAAUUGUGCUGGCUAUACUUCACACGAUAUCAAGCUUGAUUCUGAACUAGUGAAGGAGAUAUUUAACGAUGUUCUGAAAAGACUCACAGAGAUUUCACAUAGAGUGAAGUUUGAUCACUUGAUUGGCAUGGAUGCCGAGUUUCCGAGGUUGAACAACUAUUAGCUAUGAAUGUAGAUGAUUUUCGCUUUAUUGGUCUUUGGGGGAUGGGUGGUAUAGGAAAGACCACUCUGGCUACUGCUUGCUACCAGUCAUUUGUAUACUCUAGAAAAGAAAUGAAGCAUCACUUUAUUCAGAACAUCAAUGAGAAGCUUGAAAAGCAAUCCGGAAUCGAAGGAAUGGUACAUGAAUUGUAUUCAACAUUAUUGUCAGUGGAUAACUUAAACAGUCAUAACCUGGGUAUUAGUUAUAGAAGGGAACAUCUUUCUCGUCUAAGGGUGUUCCUUGUUCUCGAUAAUGUGGAAACAGUACCGCAGUUGGAACAGUUGUUGUUGGGAGAUAAGCAGGCCAAAAACCUCUUUGGCCCAGGAAGCAGAAUUAUUGUGAUGACUAGAAAUCAAAUAGUACUUGAGAAUGCAGGGGCUCAUAUAUAUGUGGUGAAGUGUUUGCAUUCUCAAGAAUCACUCCAACUGUUUGGAGUACAUGCAUUUAGACAAUACCUUCCGCCUGAUGAUUAUGUGAAUCUAUCAUGUGUCGCCGUAUCAUAUUGUAAGGGAAGCCCUUUAGCUAUAAAGGUAUUGGGAUCUGCAUUGCUUAAUAAGAAGCGAAGUUAUUGGAAGAGCUUCUUGUAUGAAUUGGAGAAAUAUCCAAAGCUGGAAAUUCAUGAUGUCCUUCGGAGAAGCUACAAUGACCUUGAAAUUGUCAAGAAAAGAGUAUUUUUGGAUAUUGCUUGUUUUCUUCCACAGCUUGUGAAAUCCUUGGCGAUUCAAUAUUUUCCCACUAGUUACGUAGAGGAUUUAAUUGAUAAAUCCUUGCUUAGCUAUGUCUUCAUUGAAAGCGAAGGUGUAGAGAGGAUUGAAGUUCAUGACUUGCUAAGGGAAAUGGCUUGGGCUAUAGUUAAUGAGGAAUCAAAACUUGAAAAUCGCAGUAGAUUGAAGAAUUCUGAUGAUAUUUACAAGUUAUUGGCAGUCGGAGAUGUCAAAACAUCAAGAAAAUUCAGCUAUUUGAACAUUAUAAAACGGAAAGAGAAGCAUAGGAGUGCCUAUGAGCGAGGUAGAACCACUGAAGGCAUUCUUUUGAACCUUUCCGAAGCCAUGGAUAUACACAUGGAUGCCAACGCUUUUGAAGGGAUGGCAUCUCUGAGUUAUCUUGAGUUCUCCUAUUCGAGAAAUGAGCAUGGAGCUUCUAAAGUUCGUUUUCCAUACGGAGGCCUUGUCACCUUUCCAGAUAGCCUAAGAUGGUUGCAGUGGCAGAAAUUUUCUUCAAAAUCUCUACCAUCAAGAUUUUCUCUAGCAAACCUCGUCAUGCUUGAUCUAUGUGCUAGCCCACAACUGAAAAGAUGUUGGAAACCUGAGUCACAGCUUGUGAAUCUAGUGUGGCUUGACCUCUCCGACAGAUAAAUUUAGAAGAAAUUCCAAACCUAUCGGGGUCUUCAAAGUUGGAGCGGAGCGCCUCUUUCUCAAGGGAUGCAAAAGGCUAAUUGAGCUACCAUCUCACGUUCAAGAUCUGGACAAACUGGUAGUAUUAGACCUCGAUGGUUGUACAAAUCUGCGGAGCCUUCCACCCAAACUCAACUCAAAGUUUCUCAAUAAGGUUCACUUAUCCAAGUGUCCCAAGAUCACUCGUUGUCCUGAAAUUAAUUCAACAAAAAUGGAGAUUUUGGAUUUAAUGGAGACACCUGUCAUAGUCUUGCCACGUGCAAUUUAUAAUAUCAAGAGGGGUGGCCUCCUAGUUCUAUGCGGCAAACACAUCACCUGCUUCACCUCGAUCUCAGCAAGCUUGCAAGGAUGUCGGCUAUGCCAUACCACAAUAACAAGGAUAGAUUGUUAUGAUGGUGAUGAUGAUCAUCAGCUGGCUUCUUUGCCAAGAUUUGUCCAGCUGGAGUUGCUUGACAACCCCCAACUCAAGAGCUUGUCAUGGAAUAUAUAGAACAUGGUUUCUCAAGAGCUCAUUCUCCAUCAUUGCCCGUUGAUUGAAACUUUGCCUGAAAUCUCACAGCCUGUGACCGGCUUAACUCAGCUUUCUAUAAAAGGAUGUCGUAACCUGAAGAGCUUUCCAACCGGCAUCAACAAUCUGAAAUCUUUGCAGGUCCUUUUUUUCAUUGACACAAAUAUUGAGUCUGUGCCUUCAGCUAUUGUGGAACUUGACCAGCUCACACAUUUAGACUUGUGUUCCAACAAAAGCUUAGAGUCUGUCCCAAGUGACAUCCAUAAGCUUGUCAAGUUAUCCUUCUUCUCCUUGGCGGGCUGUUCGAGGAUUAAAUCCUUGCCGGAACUCCCUCCCAAUCUUCUAACUUUUGAUGUAGGUGGUUGCACAUUGUUACAAGCCUUACCAAGCAACAUAGGCAAGCUGCAAUGGAAGGAACUGUGGUUUGAAAAUUGCCCUCAAUUAGAUUCGUAUCUUCCUCAAGAAGUAGUGCUUAAUUUCCGUAAUCAUGCAACGCCAAAUCUAUAUCCUCAGGGUGCUCUUCAACGUUCUGGAAGUGAAAUCCCAGGGUGGUAUGCUUACAAUAGCCCGAAUUAUGCAAGUGAUUCAUGUACGAUGGUGCAAUUGACUCUUCCAAACUGCACUACUAAUCGACUAAUCAAAGGGAUUGCAUUUAGCGUUGUGUUUUCCUCGGAUAUUGGGGUUGUUUGGAUAUCCAUCACUUGCGAUUGCAACAUUGGCACCACUGCCGCUGCCUAUUGGAGUUCUCCCAAUUUUGGUUUGGGCCUGACCCGAUCGGAUAACGUAUACACAUGGUACGACAAGAACUUGUCAGGUCAGAUAAUGAAUGGAAUACGAGAAGAAGCAGAGCCUUGGUAUGCGAGAUACGCUGGGCUCACUGUUCUCUUCAGAUUUUCCCUUCAACCAGGCCUGACAGAAGAUGGUGAGGGUGAAGAUCCCAAGAAAAUAAAGAACAUCAAAAUCAAAAGGGCAGGCGUCACCCUACUGUACUAACUACGGAAGCCAGUUUGGUGGUCACUCAAUGGGGAUGAGGAGAAUGGACAAACAAUUUUCUGGGUUCUAGGUUCAUUUGAAGGACUCCUUCUCCCUAGUUGCUUUCCAUUGCCAGGUUGCAUGAUCCUCUUCUUUCUCCCUUCAGCUGCACCAUCACCAAAGAUAUGAUGGUCGCUCCAAGUUUCAGAAGGAUCAAAGUGCGGCAGAUUAGAAGUUGUGGGUGUUUUUUGUAAAUAGGCAGCCACUUUGUAAAUAGGUUAUUCUUUGUUUC